AAAUGGCUGAAGGUAGGCUAGUCUUUUAUUAAUGCAACUAGCCUAUUCCAGCCUGUUCUCAUAGACUAGAUGAUACAGCUCAUUUCUGUGAUGGGUGCACUGCGCAUCCCUUCCUCUCUGCCCUCAGUUGCUUGUGCUUUUGCUGCGCAGACAAAAAUUCCAGGGAUUGUUGUUGGUUGGCCAACCCAUAGCUUCCUGUCCCCUGCCGGAAUGUUUUAAUUCGCCCAUCCUCUCUUCUUCGAAUGAAUCGCAGAAUAUCUUUCGAAGUAGUGUCAAGCUUUAAGGGGCGUCCAGCGGGCUGCAUAUACACAGACACACAACACUACUAGACCGGUUAUCUGUUCAUCAGAGGCAGGCUCUCAUAGAGCUCCCAGUCGGAGAGUGAAUGAGGUUGAUGCUGUUCUGUUGUAACUGGAAGGACGAACGUAUGGGAGAGGAGGAAGCUGGCAGAAGCUUGCCCGUGUGUGCGGGAUGCAGACAACGGAUCUAUGAUGAACAGUAUCUCCAGGCACUCAACAAUGACUGGCACACUGUAUGCUUCAGAUGCUGUCAGUGCAGUGCCUCCCUGUCCCACUGGUACUAUCAGAAGGAGGGCCGGCUCUUCUGCAAGAAGGAUUACUGGGCCAAGUUCGGAGAGCUGUGCCAUGGAUGCAACGACCCCAUCACAACCGGCCUGAUCAUGGUCGCAGGGGAACAGAAGUACCACCCAGAAUGCUUCACCUGUCUGAACUGCAGAGCCUUCAUCGGAGAUGGAGACACCUACGCACUGGUGGAGAGGUCCAAACUAUACUGUGGCCACUGUUACUACCAGACCAUUGUGACGCCUGUGUCCCUGUCAGACUCACCAUGCUCCAGGAUCCCCCACACGGUGACCCUGGUGUCCAUCCCAGCCUCCACAGACGGGCGGAGAGGGAUCUCGGUCGCCAUCGACCAGCCUCUCAGCCCUCUCAGUCCCAACGGCUACGGCCCUGAACACACUGUCAGGGUGUCACAGGUGGACUCUGAGUUGAUCAGUCCAGAUGUGAAGAACUCCAUACAUGUCGGAGACCGGAUCCUGGAGAUCAACGGAACACCCAUCAGGAACGUUCCUCUCGAUGAGAUUGACCUGCUCAUCCAGGAGACCAGUCGUCUGCUCCAGCUGACCAUAGAGCACGACCCCCACGACCAGGGGGGUUCAGAGGGGGAGACUGUGGACGGACCCCUGAUCACUCCUCUGUCUGGCGGUCCCAGCCCCAUCCUCCCCAUCACCCAACCCCCACACCCAGACAUCAAUAACCUGCGCUCACGCAUGAUCACACGGAGCUACAGUAUUGAUAAGUCUCCGUGCUCCAGUAACGCAGCGUCCCCUCUCUCUCAGAGGAAGGACAUUAACCGCUCCGAGUCACUGCGGGUCGUCUCCAACAGUCGCAUGCACCGGAUCUUCCGGCCCUCAGACCUCAUCCAUGGAGAGGUGCUGGGAAAAGGCUGCUUUGGACAGGCCAUCAAGGUGACCCACAGAGAGACAGGGGAGGUGAUGGUGAUGAAGGAGCUGAUUCGUUUCGAUGACGAGACGCAGAGGUCAUUCCUAAAAGAAGUGAAGGUGAUGCGUUGUCUGGAGCACCCCAACGUGCUGAAGUUUAUAGGUGUCCUCUACAAAGACAAGAGACUCAAUUUCAUCGCAGAGUACAUCAAAGGAGGAACCCUGAGGGAGAUCAUUAAGAAAAUGGAUAUCAACUACCCUUGGAAUCAGAGAGUGAGCUUUGCUAAAGACAUUGCUGCAGGGAUGUCAUAUCUGCAUUCCAUGAACAUAAUCCACCGCGACCUGAACUCAUACAACUGUCUUGUCAGAGAGAAUAACAGUGUGGUGGUGGCAGACUUUGGGCUGGCUCGGCUGAUGGUGGAAGACAAGAUCCAGGACAAGAGUCUCCUGCAGAAGAAGCCUGACCGCAGGAAGAGAUACACUGUAGUGGGCAACCCCUACUGGAUGGCCCCGGAGAUGAUCCACGGGAAAAGCUAUGAUGAAAAGGUGGACAUCUUUUCCUUCGGGAUCAUGCUUUGUGAAAUCAUCGGUAGGGUGAAUGCAGACCCAGACUACUUGCCCAGGGCCCAUGACUUUGGGCUGAAUGUGACAGGCUUCUUAGAGCACUUCUGUCCUCCAGACUGCCCCCCUGCCUUCUUCCCUAUGGCUGUCCUCUGCUGUGACCUGGAUGCUGAGAAACGCCCCGCCUUCACCAAGCUGGAGGAGUGGCUGGAGAACCUGAAGAUGCACCUCGAGAUCCGCCUGCCGGUGGUGUCCGAGCUCGACGCGCUACACAAAGCAUUCUGGGGAAACCACACUGCCCCCACCAUGGCUUGCACAGCCAUGCGGUCUGAAAACGGCCUACCCCCGCACCCCGAGACUCCGGAGUAGAAGGGAUCCGGAACAGAGCGGAAUGCUGCUCGUCUCAGCCCAUGAGAGUGGUCAGAGAGAGGGGGUUAUGGUGGUGGCAAUGGAGUAGUUGCAUUGCACUGUCCAGGGAGGGGUGGGGCAGGAGCUCUGUACGUACCUCCUCAUGCCACAGCAGUCACAGUGGGCUGACAGUGGGCUGUAUAGACUCAGGGGAAACGAGGAUGGGAAAAGCCAGUCUUGCCUAAAGGCACUCACCCAUUCAACUCCAACCAAGAGAGACUCACUCAGACUAACAUUACCACUAUCAUAGCUUCAGUCUGAUGAUUGCUGUACCUUAGCUGAAUGUCAGGCUGGUAACUGCUAGCUAGCAGUAUCAGUCAAUCCCAGCUGUGAAAUCAUCCAUCUUAACACUCAUGUAAUCUUUAUCUUAUGGUGUUAAAGCAUAUUCAGACGUCUCUAAAACAGAAAAGCAGAAAGGAUGCUUCAGCCUCAUUGGUAAGGCUCCUUCCUCCAGAGUAUUUGUGCAACAACGUGUUUGAAAAGUGUUCCUCUGUGUGACUUUGGUUUGAUUUUACGAUAUCAAACGCUUUUUGAAAUGCUAAAGAAAGGGGCCUUUUAUGUGGAUAAAACAAAACACAUAAGUUGAGAUGCACACACACAGUCCAGAUGUAGAAUAUAAUCGAGCAAAAGCUUUGAGCAUAAACAAAAAGCUUUUUAAACAUUGCAUGACUGUAAAUAGCCCAGUCUGUGUCCAGUAAGCCUUGUCUGUUGUCUCCUCCUCUCCCCCUCUACUGAUGACAUGUGUGUCCCAAAUGGCAUCCUAUUCCCUUUAUAGUGCACUGCUUAAGACCAGGUCCCAAAGGGUAUUACCAAAGUAGUGCAUUAUAGGGUGCCAUUUGGGACGUAUUCUUAAAGUGAUAUUCCUGGUAGUGUAGAAUACAUGGUCCAUGAAUGACUGUGUUCCUUCUCUCACUGUGCAGCACUGAUUUCACUUUGAGGUAGACUUCUUUCAUACCUUUUGUACAUUUUUCUAUUUCAUUUGAGUUUAUUACUCUCUUUCUUUCUCCUUAUUUCAUUCACGUCGAGGUGAAAUCUUGUGUAUUCAAACAAACUUUGGGACACACCUACUCAUUCCAGGGUUUUUCUUAAUUGUUUUACUAUUUUCUAAAUUGUAGAAUACUAGUGAAGACAUCAAAACUAUGAAAUUACACAUAUGGAAUCAUGUAGUAACCAAAAAAAGUGUUAACAAAUCAAAAUAUAUUUUAUAUUUGAGGUUCUUCAAAGUAGCCACCCUUUGCCUUGACGACAGCUUUGCAUACUCUUGGCAUUCUCUCAACCAGCUUCAUGAGGUAGUCACCAGGAAUGCAUUUCAAUUAACAGGUGUGUCUUUCUUUCCUUCUUAAUGCGUUUGAGCCAAUCAGAUGUGUUGUGACAAGUAGGGGUGGUAUAACGAAGAUAUCCCUAUUUGGUAAAAGACCAAGUCCAUAUUAUGGCAAGAACAGCUCAAAUAAGCAAAGAGAAACAACAUUCCAUCAUUACUUUAAGACAUGAAGGUCAGUCAAUACGGAACAUUUUAAGAAGAGACUGUGAAUCAGGCCUUUCUGGUCAAAUUGCUGCACAGAAACAACUACUAAAGGACACCAAUAAGAAGAAGGGACUUGCUUGGGCCAAGAAACACGAGCAAUGGACAUUAGAACAGUGGAAAUCUGUCCUUUGGUCUGAUGAGUCCAAAUUUGAGAUUUUUGGUUCCAACCGCCAUGUCUUUGUGAGACGCAGAGUAGAUGAACGGGUGAUCUCGCAUGUGUGGUUCCCACCGUGAAGCAUGGAGGAGGAGGUGUGAUGGUGUGGGGGUACUUUGCUGGUGACACUGUCAGUGAUUUAUUUAGAAUUCCAGGCACACUUAACCAGCAUGGCUACCACAGCAUUCUGCAGCGAUCCCAUCUGGUUUGCGCUUAGUGGGACUAUCAUUUGUUUUUCAUUAUGACAAUGACCCAACACACCUCCAGGCUGUGUAAGGGCUAUUUGACCAAGAAGGAGAGUGAUGGAGUGCUGCAUCAAAUGACCCGGCCUCCACAAUCACCCGACCUCAACCCAAUUGAGAUGGUUUGGGAUAAGUUGGACUGCAGAGUGAAGGAGAAGUAGCCAACAAGUGCUCAGCAUGUGGGAACUCCUUCUAGACUGUUGGAAAAGCAUUCCAGGUGAAGCUGGUUGAGAAAAUACCAAGAGUGUGCAAAGCUGUAAUCAAGGCAAAGGCUACUUUGAGGAAUAUAAAAUAUAUUUUGGUUAUCACAUGAUUCCAUAUGUGUUAUUUCAUAGUUUUGAUGUUGUCACUAUUAUUCUACAAUGUAGAAAAUAGUAAAAAAAUAAAUAAAGAAAAACCCUUGAAUGAGUAGGUGUGUCCAAACUUUUGAUUGGUACUGUAUGUAGCCAGUGAUAUUAUAAUAUUGUAAAUGUUUUAAAUAUUGUAAAUGUAUAGACAUAUUUUGUAUACUUAUAAUGUAUGCUACAUUGUUAUAUUUUUAUUGGGCUACCUGUUGAAAUGAAGGAGAAGAAGAAAAACAUAAAAAGUUAGUCAGUAGUAGUUGAUAUGGAGCAGAUUCCUUUCAACAGUGAUGAUGACUUCCUGUCUCGGGAUGCCAUGGUGACAGACAUAAGGGUCUUUUAGGAAGUUAAUACGACGUAAGAGAGCAUCUUAGGGUCCCAGCUCACCCCUAACUACCCUCACUGUAAGUGUAAGCACUCUCACAUGAUGUGUCCCAUUUACUCUCAUCGUCGUCUCUGCAUAUCAAACGAUUUUGUCUACAGCAGCCUUUGAUCUGGUCUAGACUCCAGAGAGUGCCCUGACCAUGACCUCGGCUAUAACCACUCCGUAGGUAUCGCCUCAAUUGAAUGUAAUCAUAACAAGAGAAUCAACUCAGUCACAUAAAAAUACGGUUAUGUAGUUUGGCAUUAUAUACCAAACCACAUUUACCCUUUAUUCCUCUCAAAAGAAAUUGAGGAUGAUUUGUUAGUUGUUAUUAUAGAGCUCUUUAGUCAUCCGUAGCAGGACAGAUGUUGUGGGAAGUGUUGGAGACAGACAGACAGACAGUCAUGUCAUAGUGCCUGUCUGACCACAAUCCUCUCUGUCCUGGAGAAAAACCUAGUCACAACCCUAGUCUCCUCUACAUGGAGCUCCCUAUGGGAGGCCCUCUGUUUACACACAAACUGCUGGCUGUAAAUACUAUCUAUAUUAUAUGUCUGUCUGUCGUUGUGCAUUGCAUACUACACUCUUGAAAAUAAUCUAUUUUACUGUAUGUCAAUUUCUCUCUUGAACACAUUGUCACUCAUUCUCUCACUCAUGUUCUUUUUCCAUCAAACCUUUUUUCUAUUCCUCUUUGCACUAGAAGAUGAGCUGCAUGGUGUACUUGCUACUGCGGUCACUUCUGUUGUAAAACCAAGCUAUUAUUUUCACUUUAAAACAGAAAUUGUUAUUGAAAGGAAAGGAAAACAAGAAAGAGUAAGGAAAGAGUGCACAAAGGAGACGGACAAGAUUAAAUAAAGAAAAAACACAGCAUCUCUUUUGAUAUAUAACGACUGAAAUCUUUUUGUAUAGAUUUGAGUACUUUGAUUUGCACUUUCAAUGUUGGAUUACUUGUGAUAAAGAAAUCAAAUGACGUUGGCUGAUAAUAUGAAUGCAAGUCACUGAUGGCGCCUUUCAGUUCAGUUGUAAACAUGUGUCCUGGGAAAUUCUUCCUUCUUCGUAGCAAACCAGAGUUAGGUGGCCAUUCUGAUGACUGCAGGUAUUGAUUAUUAGAUAACUCUAAUGUCAUAGCAUGUCUGUGUCUAAACUGGUUCACAUUUCAGACAUAUGCUCAACUUUAAAAACAUGGAACAUGCAACUUUGAGGGGUACGAAAGAGAUACCUCGCAGGCCUACCUUUUAAAUGUCCAAACUAUUCAGCCUUGUUAUUAAAAAUGAUUCUAGUUUGCUACAGAGAGGAUGAAAUAACCAUGGUCUGCCUGCUGCCUAUAGACCGAUCCUUUGUGAAUGAAGUUCUGUGUCUUCUUGACUGCUCCACCUUACUGUGAUGUCCAGAGAGGUUUAAAGCAUUGUUAGUCUGUCAUCAAAAGAAAGCCCUUUUCACACUAUUGUGCUGAACCGUAUAGCGCUGGCUAGAUAUUUUCCUUUCCAGAACGAUUCCAGAAACUAGGGUGGAAGCGAAACAAGACCAAAUCCAUUUGGCUUGUCAUGGCUCAGUAAUGUGAAAAGGUUAUACUUACUGGCCUAUUCAAUCUCCACAAUCGCAGUAGUACAAUAAGCCUCCAAUGAUCAUGAAGUCCUCUACCUACCUGUCAAAGUAUAAAAUAAGUACCGAAAAAUAUAUCUUUCUUAUGUACAUCUUCUGCUAAUGUGUUAAUCAAUGGGCAUAAUGGGAAUUUCAUUUAAGUAUGUAUAGGACUUUGCCAUGUUUGUGCGUAUGUAUCAUCAUGUCUGUCAAAGCCACAUUAUUGUCAAGUAUGUGUUUGUAUGGAUGAGAAUGUUUUCCGCACCACUUCUUUGCAAAGAAUCCUUACUGCUGAACAAUAUGCUGUGCCUUUGUUUAAAGCUAGCCUUGCCAACAACUAGACUCAACACGUUUGUUUGAACAGAUUUUUUUGUAUAAAAUUCAAGUGCAAGCCUGAUGAUAAUGAAUGGAUUUAACAUCGUUGCUGAUAUUUUGUUUUAUUUUGAUGAGACGUUCCGCUUGUUCUGUAUCAUAUUUAUAUUUUCCAUACUUCUCCAUCAUCAUUUUUGAUAUCUUAGGGAUUGUGGUUCAUUUGAUUUACUUUAUAUAUAUAUUUUUUAAUGUACACAAGCUGUGAACUAUUCUGCACUUUAAUCCUGAACGUGAACAUUGAGAACCCUAGGAGACCACUAUUUCAUCACAGCUGGAAUAAAUGUGUUGCUCUUUUAAUGAAA